GAGACAUCAGGUCUCCUCAUCAUUCCUGACGGCGGCUUGUUCACCCCGGCAAGACCGAUAUGCUGUCCGCGUCGCCUUUGAAAUCGACCGUUCCCUCGACGUCGCUCCUCCGAUUCUUGCGUUCCCAGACCGACUCGCUCCUCUACUUCACCGCGAAUCCAUCGACCCGCGACUCUACCGCGCGGAAAGCAUCGCGCAGCCGACCGUCCUGCGUGCCGCAGCUCGACUCCUCGUCGAACUGGACGCAUCUCACCCCGGCGCGAUGCCACGCGACCGUGCAAGCAGGGUUGCUGCCGUCCUUGUCACCGCGUAAGAGUCCGGGCCCGUCGUCGUCACGCCAUCGUCCCUGCGCCGUUCUUCCGCCGAUAAACCCGCUCUCGUGUCGCGCCUCGUCUUCGCAUGCCCGGCCCCUCCUCCGCAGACUCUUCGACCUCCGACGCAGCAAGACCGCCGCCGAAGCGAAGCACCGCGCCCCCGGGCCGGCGCUGAUCGACGAAGGCACCGAGGGAAGCUUGAAUUUCGGAGGCCGUCUACUCGCGGCGAAGGCGUCGAAUGAGCCACGAUUGCGAUGUACGGAGUUCGACAGCAGCGGGAACGUGACUCUGGUCAAUGGGGAUUUCAGGAAGAGUGAAUUGAUCGCGAAGUAUGGGCUUCUUCCGCGCGAUCUCCGCAAAAUCGACUCCUCGACUUUGCCGCACAUCCUGGUGCGACCGAGCGCUAUCCUCAUCAACCUGCUGCACCUGCGGGUGCUGAUCAAGGCGGACCGGGUUCUCGUCUUCGAUGCGUACGGCUCGACGGAUUCCUACAUGCAGUCGAUGUUCGUCUACGACCUGGAGGGCAAACUGCGGCAGAGACAGGGGCAGUCGCCUGGUGCCGGAGCUCUGCCGUACGAGUUCCGUGCUCUCGAGGCGGUCUUGAUCAGCGUGACGACCGGGCUGGAGGAGGAGUUUAACGGCGUGCGGGAGCCGGUGGUGCGGGUCCUGCGGGCGCUGGAGGAGGACAUCGAUCGCGACAAGUUGCGGCAUUUACUCAUCUACUCCAAGCGACUGGGUACGUUUGAGCAGAAAGCGCGACUGGUGCGAGACGCCAUCGACGACCUCUUGGAGGCGGAUGACGAUCUGGCCGCGAUGUAUUUGACCGAGAGUGCGAAGGGCAUUCAACGAGAGGAGGACGACCAUCAGGAGGUCGAGAUGCUCCUGGAGUCGUAUCAUAAAGUAUGCGAUGAGAUUGUCCAGGCCAGCGGCAACUUGGUCACUGGGAUCCGUAACACGGAGGAAGUAGUUAAAGCCAUCCUCGACGCCAACCGCAACUCCCUCAUGCUCCUGGACCUCAAAUUCAGCAUCGGCACCCUCGCCCUCGCCGCAGGGACCCUCUUCUCCGCGCUCUACGGCAUGAACCUGAAGAACUUCAUCGAAGAGUCCGACUUCGGCUUCGGCGGCGUCUCCGUCACCUGCUUCGCCAUCACCGCCGUCGUCUGCGUCUACGGCCUCGCCAAGCUGCGCAAGCUCCAGCGCGUCCGCAUGUGGGGCGAAGCUGGCGCCGGCAGCUCGCCCAUGGUCCAUUUCCCAACCCGCGGCGGCGGCCUCGCCGGCCACCGCUCCAACUGGCGCGCCGACUCCAUCGAGCCCGUCUGGGGCAGUCUUCCGGGUGAAGGCCGCUCGGAAAGAAUGAAGCGUCUGAAGGAUAACGCGGCCGCGUCGGCGGCGGCUCGCUCUGUCGCGGCGGACGCCACGGCCCAGAGGGCUAACGUUUUAAAGCAGGCUCAUUCGGCUCAAGAUGGACCCAAGCACUAAGCUGCCAUAAGUCGUAAAUCAUAAUACCCGUGGUCAUGGCCAGCUCUGUGUUAGAGUCAGCCAGGUAGGUGGCAAUUCGGGGCCAUCGCCGUGUACAGAUAGAAACGAUGGAUGGAUGGAAUGGGCUCUCUUCUCUGGAACUAAAUCGCAUCUUAUCUUAAUCACUCGCAUAGUUAGCAGGAGUAUGGACCUUUUUACCUUCCUUCAUUUGGAUUUGGUUUGCUUUCUCUUUUCGUUUUGGGGUUAUGUCAAUGUAAAUUAGAUUUUCAGUCUUGUCUUCGUGAGAUGGAUGGGUGGUCUUCAUUCUCCUUCGAUUCGAUCUAUAGACUGGUUUAUAUAGGUACAUAGGUAGGUAGGUAUUUAGUCGCCGCUCAUGAAUACUGUGAUUUAA